UGAUUUUACUUCCGCAACUCGUGCUAACUCACUCAUUUUAAAUAGCACAGCGUAAUUAGGGAAGUAAGAAGUGUAGCUGGAUGGGUUGAAGUAACCUAAACGCUGCAUGAAAAGGUACAUUCAUUUAAUGUUGCACUUAAACCGGACAGCCCGCUUCGUGUGAGGACUAAUCAUGUCUCGGCUCAGAUUUGGAAGUAUACUGCUGCUGCUGCUGUUUGGACACACACUUGGAGCACCUCGUUCAUUCAGCGUGGAUUACCAGAACGACUGCUUUCGGAAAGAUGGGCAAGAGUUUCGUUACAUAUCAGGAAGCAUCCAUUACAGCCGGAUCCCCAGAGUCUACUGGAAGGAUCGACUGCUCAAGAUGUACAUGGCAGGCCUGAAUGCCAUCCAGACGUACAUUCCCUGGAACUACCACGAGGAGUCUCCAGGCCGGUACAAUUUUGGUGGAGAUAGAGAUGUGGAAUAUUUCCUUAAGCUGGCCCAAGACAUUGGUUUACUGGUGAUCCUUCGGCCUGGACCCUACAUAUGUGCAGAGUGGGACAUGGGUGGGCUGCCUGCCUGGCUUCUCAACAAGAAAGACAUUGUGCUGCGGUCCUCAGAUUCAGACUACAUUGCAGCAGUAGAUAAGUGGAUGGGGAAGGUACUGCCGAUGAUGAAGCCUUACCUCUACCAGAACGGUGGUCCUAUCAUCUCUGUACAGGUGGAGAAUGAAUAUGGAAGUUAUUUUGCCUGUGACUACAACUACAUGCGCCAUCUGAGCAAACUGUUCAGGUCUCACCUGGGCAAGGAGGUGGUGCUUUUCACCACAGAUGGCGCCGGGAUCAAAUACCUCAAGUGUGGCUCAAUACAAGGUCUCUACGCCACUGUGGACUUUGGGGCAGGUGGAAAUGUAACUGCUGCCUUUGCUGCACAGAGACACGCUGAACCUCAUGGACCUUUGGUGAACUCUGAAUUUUACACUGGCUGGUUGGACCACUGGGGGACAGGUCACUCUGUCGUAUCAUCUGCCAAAGUGGCCAAGUCCCUCAAUGAGAUGCUGGCCAUGGGCGCAAACGUCAACCUGUACAUGUUCAUAGGAGGAACUAACUUUGGAUACUGGAAUGGUGCCAACACGCCAUACAGCUCACAGCCCACAAGCUACGACUACGACGCCCCCCUCACGGAAGCAGGCGACCUCACAGAGAAGUACUUUGCUAUUCGAGAGGUGAUUCAAAUGUACCAUAAGAUACCAGAGGGACCAAUACCACCCACAACUCCAAAGUAUGCAUAUGGGACUGUUGGAAUGAAAAAGCUCCAGACGAUAUCAGAUGCCUUAGAAACACUGUCUUUCUCUGGUCCCGUCAAAAGCAUGUAUCCUCAGACCUUCAUUGAACUGAACCAGGCCUUUGGUUAUGUGCUCUACAGGACUACACUGCCUGUCAACUGCAGCACACCAACUCCUCUGUCAUCUCCUCUGAACGGGGUCCAUGACAGAGCCUAUGUGUCAGUGGACGGGGUGGCUGUGGGGAUUUUUGAAAGGAACCAAGCCAUAUCUGUCAAAGUGACUGGGAAAGCCGGCAGUCAGGUGGACAUACUGGUGGAGAAUAUGGGCCGAAUAAACUACGGAAAAGACAUCAACGACCUAAAGGGCCUAGUGUCCAACUUGACUCUGGGGAAAGAUAUGCUAACCGGCUGGACCAUGUACAGCCUCAGUAUCGACGAGGCGGUAAGCCAGGGCAUUCUCGGUGAAACGAAACCAUCAGCCCCACCUCGGCCUGCUGCUCUCUCCCUUCCAGCCUUCUACAAGGGAAGCUUCAUCAUUCCUGGUGGCAUCCCAGCCCUCCCCCAGGACACCUACAUCCAACUGCCCAAAUGGAGGAAGGGUCAAGUUUGGAUUAAUGGCUUCAAUUUAGGACGUUACUGGCCAACCCGAGGCCCGCAGGUGACUCUUUUUGUUCCUGCCAACAUCCUCAGCACAGCCGCACCCAACAAUGUGACUGUUCUGGAGCUGGAAGAGGCUCCCUGCAGCUCAGGGCCAUGUAGUGUUGAGUUUACUGCCACGCCCAUCCUGAAUGCAACAGUCCAGUCAAACGACAAACAGCACCAGCAUAGGCAGGAUAUGAGACAGUGGGACCCUGUAAACUGACACAAGUAAAAGCCAAUGACUAAAUUUACCUGUACCUCAACAGCAUUUACAGCGCACAUACACACGAUUAAUGCCAACAGCACAUUAACUAAGACAUUCACCCCAUUUUAAAACCAAAGGCACAAAAUAAAAAUAAAAUCUAUGACCAGAAGACAGAACUUUUAAUGCUGUUGUUUUGCACUUGCUUUUUGGAGUACCUAUGAAGUCCUAUAGAUACACUGAAGGGAAUAAACAUUCACUUAAAAUAUAUUAUGAUGGCUUAUUUCUUAUGACAUCUUUAAAGUAAGUGUUAGGCUGUUCCUUUAGUUUUUCAGUAGGACUUUUUUGGGCUCGGUUAUUAACAUUAAUGACUGUGCCCGUCGGCUAUACAACAGGAAAUGCAAAGUUCAUAACAGUGACUUCACACAGCAGCUCUGGCUUAGGGGUUCCUGGGCCUGGUGGCCCAUUUGGUCAUCCACCCAUGGCACAGAAGACUCUUUACUAAAGAUGAUUUGUUGUGAUAAUAAUGCUGCACAACAUCAUUGUGAGAAUAAUGCUGCACAACGUCAAUCAAUUUGCACUACUCAAUUUGCUGAUGUAGAAACUCAAAUCAGCACUUGUGUGAGCUCGAUGUAUGCUUGAUUUUAAAAACUGUGAAUGAUGGUUAAUUUGGGACACAACACUGAUUGAAUGUGUCUUUUUAUAAAAAAGUGAAGAAUGGUGUUUUUAGCCAAAUAUUGUAUGUAACCAUCAUAUCAACUGUGGGCAUAUUUACCUAGGGAUUCUGCAUACGAUUUUUAUUCAAAGCCUUUUUUGUCUCUUCACAAAGGCAAUACUGCCAAUUAAAGCACUGCCAAAACAUCA